AUCGCCAUGCGCCCGUCACUUUGCGCUCAUUGAAAGUGAAUUUAAUUUAACUUUUCUUUCAUUCGCGUCGAAGCGGACCUAAACGCGAGACUGUCAAACUUCACAAUUUUAAGGACAACAACGCACGAGGUGCAGUAAGCUCGUCGCUUAUCUACAGCGGGUGAUGUUGGAUAGAGCGAUGCUGUCGUCGGAGCUGCCGUACCCAUCGCCGCGCGCCUUCGAGGCGAUGGUCUGCGUGGACACGGCGGCGCUGUCCGAGCUGCCGCGCGCCGACCUGCGCCUGCUGCUGCCGUGCCUCGUGCGCAUGGCGCUGUGCGCCGCCGCCGACCAGAGCGUGGCGUGGGCGGCGCGCAAGCGCCACGUGCUGCGCCUGCUGUCGGCCGUGGAGCCCGUGAACGCCGUCGUGGCGCUCCUCUCCGUCGACUUCCACGCGCUCGAGCAGGAGGCGCGCAGGGAGCUGCACGCGCGGAGGAAGUCGGGGGCAGCGGGGGAGUCGGCGCCGGGGGCCGCGGCGGCGGCGGCGACGGCGGCGCACGGCCUGGCGCUGGAGUUUGAGCACAGCGACCCGACCCGGCGCCUCCACCUGGUGCUCUCCGAGCUCCUGAGCCUCAUCACACGCGCGUCGGGGAACAACGCGGAGGCUUCGGGAGACGGAGCGGGGGGAGCCGCCGGGGGAUCGAGCGCAGCGGCGGGGAGGGAUGCCUCCUCCUCCUCGUCGUCGUCGUCGUCGUUGUCGCGAGGGUGCGAGCUCUUUGAGUGCGACGUCUACCUCCAGGAGGUGGCGGACGUCCUCUCCAUCCUCCUGGCCGAGCUGCCCGCGCUGCUGCCCAUGGCGGAGGUGGCGGAGGCGCUGCUGCUGGCGCGCCACGGCGCCUGGUUCCUGUGCCUCCUCGUGGCCAACACCCCCGACUGCUUCACUCAGGUGUGCCGGGGCUUGAUUCACGGAGGAGGCUCCCAGGACGACGACAGCCCCAGCGGCCGGCGCCGAGUGGAGGCGCUGCGGCAGCUGUGCCGCAUGAAGCCCUCGCAGGCCCUCAACGUGCGCGCCAUGGCGGUGGAGGCCUGCCGGCUGCCCUCCCUCGCCGUGGCCCUGACGCUGGACCAGGCCUCCGAGGGGCCCGGGGCCCCGGAGGGGGUGGGGGCGCGGGGUCCGGGGGACCUGGUGUCGUUCGUCUCGGGCCUGCUUCUGGGCAGCGACGCGCGCGUCCGUAAUUGGUUCACCGCGUUCGUGAAGGCCGGGCAGCAGAAGCGCAAGGGUUCCCUGCGAGGCUCCCUCCUCGCCCAGAUGAGGCAGCACCUCCUCUCCGAGUUGCACAGCAUCCUUCCUCACGGCAACCGUCUCCACGGCGACCGCCCCCACCACGGCGACCGGGACCCAGAGCCGGGGGGAGGAACCCCGAGCGAGGGGGUCGCCGGGGAGGCUGCGAUGGAGGUGGACGAGGGGGCGGGGCUGGGGGGCGGGGCCUCUGCCGAGGGGGCGGGGCUGGGGGGCGGGGCCUCUGCCGAGGGGGCGGGGCUGGGGGGCGGGGCCCUGGCGGAGGAGGAGGUGGUGAGGGGCGGGGCUCUGCUGCGUCUCUACUGCGCCCUCAUGGGGAUCGCUGGGCUCAGGCCGAGCGAGGAGGAGGUGUCCCGCCUGCUCGCCCUCAUCACGAGCCGCCCCCCGGCCACGGCGGCCGGAGUUCGAUUCGUGUCUCUCUCGCUCGCCACGCUGCUCGCAUUCACAGCCCUCGUCAGCACCCCCCGGCAGGAGCAGAUCGCGGUGAGCUGGCUCAACUGGAUGAUCCGGGAGGAGGCGUACUUUGAGAGCAAGUCCGGCGUCGCCGCCUCUUUCGGGGAGGUGCUGCUGCUCGUGGCGAUGUAUUUCCAUAGCAACCAGCUCAACUCCAUCGUCGACCUCGUCUGCUCAACCCUGGGCAUGAAGAUCCCCAUGAAGCAGAACUCGCUCGCCAAGAUGAAGAUCAUCUUCACGCAAGACGUCUUCACCGAGCAGGUGGUGACGGCCCACGCCGUGCGUGUGCCCGUCACCCCCGGUCUCAACGCGGCCAUGAGCGGCUUCCUGCCGGUGCACUGCACCUACCAGCUGCUGCGUGGCCGGGCCUUCACCAAGCACAAGGUGCCCAUCAAGGACUGGAUCCUGGCGCAGGUGUGUGAGAGUCGCCUGCCGCUGCACUCGCAGCUCCUGCCGCUGCUGGACGCGUUCAUCACCUCGGUGUUCACGCCGGCCUCCAAAGCCAACCCCGAGCUCAUCAACCAGCCCAUGUCCGAGCACAGCCUGCUCGUAGCCUUCCAGCAGCAGGACGCGAGCGUGUCGGCGCAGCUCCUCAUCCUCUACUACAUCCUGUCCUACGAAGAGGCCUUCCUCACUCACGCACGCACCCUCGCCACCCAGGUGCGGAGGCCCAGACCGUACUCGCCGGCCCUCCUCGAUCAGAUUCCUGUCAAGUUCCUCAUUGGCCAAGCCCAACGCCUCCAACAGCAGAUCGGAGCGCUGUACCCGUCCCUGCUGCGCCUGGUCGCCACGUCGCAGCCCGACCUGUGCCUGGUGGAGGACUGGCUGCUGGAGGAGGCGGCCGCCGGGACGCAGGCACUGCUGCUGCGCGGCCUCCUGCUGCCUGCACGGCCCGCGACCAUCACCCCCGCAGCACUCACCCGCGCGUUUGCGCGCCUGCGCUCGUCCCCCUGCGCGCUGGCGCGGGCGCUGGAGCGCCUCUCCCUGGCGCCCACGGAGCAGUUGCUGGCGCUGGCGCCGGCGCUGGCGCGAGGCCUCCGCUGCCUCCUGCCCCCCCGCACCCCCCAGCGCCUCACCCGGCUGGCCGCGCGCAUCUGGGCCGCCCUCAACACCGCCACGCCCCGCCGGCUGUGGGUGCUCACCGUGAACGCGCUGCAGGCACCCGGCUGCCUCCCGCGGCGCCAGCACACUGAGCUGGACCUCGUGCUCGACCCCCUCAUCGUGCUGAGAUGCGACGCGCGCGUCUUCCGCUGCCCGCCGCUGCUGGAGGUGGUGCUGCGCGUGCUGGCCGGGUCGCUGGCGGCGUCUCGCGCUUUCCUCGCCUCCCAGAUGCGCGCCGGCUGGGAGCCCGACGCGCCGUCCCGGGGAGGCCCGCCCGGCGCCCCGCCGGCCCCGCCGGGGGCGGCCCCGCCGGCGGGGCCCCCGGGGGGUCCCGCAACCUCCAGCGCCAACGGAGGCGGCGGCGGAGACGUCACCCGCGAGGAGCUCAAGAACGCCCUGCUCGCCGCACAGGACAGCGCCGCCGUUCAGAUCCUGCUCGAGAUUUGCCUUCCCGAGUUGGAUCGCGCGGCCGCCUCCUCCUCGUCGCCGCCGUCGGGCAUCUCCACGGACAGCCUCCUGGGGGCCCUGCGCCGCCGGGACCCCUCCGGGGCGUCCACCACGGUCCGCCCGGGGCGACUGUCGCCCGGCCUGGACGCCGAGUGGGGCUCCCUCGACGACGACGACGGUGACGACAACGACAACGACGAUGACGACGGGAGCGGUUCCGAGGAGGGGGGUGGGGGCGGCGGGGGAAAGGAGGAGGGGGAGGAGGAGGGGGGGGGCAGCGCAGCGAGGAGCCGGCGGCAGGAGGUGCAGGGCCUCGUCUGCUCCUUCCUGCACCAAAUGUUCAUCGCCGACCCCAACAUCGCCAAACUCGUGCACUUCCAGGGCUACCCCAGCGAGCUGCUGCACGUCACGGUGGCCGGCAUCCCCUCCAUGCACAUCUGCCUCGACUUCCUGCCCGAGCUGCUGUCCCAGCCGCAGCUGCACAAGCAGCUGUUCGCCCUGCAGCUCGCCGCUCGCCUCAGCCUCCACUUCCCGCUCCCCAAGUCCAUGGCCGUCGCACGCCUGGCGCUCGCCUCCAUGUCCGCGCUGCUCGGCGUGCUGCCGGGCGAGCGCCGUGCGAGCUUCCUGGUGCCGGCGCUGCCGUGCGUGGCGUCGCUGUGCCGCGCCUUCCCCUCGCUCUACGAGGACGCCGUGGCGCUGCUCAGCCAGGCGGGGCACGCCUGUGGCGUCAACGCCCGCGCCCAGCGCCACGCCGUGCCCUCACGCACACGCGGCCUCGACCGGGGGGUGGAGGAGGAGGAGGAAGCGAUGGAGGAGGUGGGCGGUGGGGAGGGCUCGGGGCGCGGUUCCGACCUGGCGUCUCUGCUGGAGGCCACCUUCCAGCAGCUGGUGCAGACCGCGCUCAUCGGCGGCGGGCAGUGACGGCCGGGAACUCGGAGCGCUUGAGCCGGCGCCGCCGCUCGUGCUGAACGACCCGCGGAUGUCGCCGCAGACGAGAACGUCUUGAGAGCGAACCCCGAGACUCGGUGGAGGUUUUGGCGGCGGUGGCAGACGGAGGAGGAAGAGGAGGAGGACCCGCCGUGGUUUUAUAAACGCCGGCCGGCCCGAGGACGCUCGGAUUAAACGCACAGCGGCAAACGAACUCGGCACGUCGGUUUUUGUUGUUGUUGUUGUUUUUUUUACUGCAAGAAGCGUCGAAAUCUGGACAUCUCGUGAUGGGAGUGGGAAAAAACGUCGGUGAUUGGAUGCCCGCCCGCACCUCUCUCUCUCCAAAGCACAGUGACAUGCCACCCGAUUGGACAAGUGGAUCUCAAGGCUGAUCGCGACAGCAGCAGUGGGAUUUCCGAUUGGAUCGUUCCCUGCCUCUGUCGUUAUUUUGCAAACCCUCCGCGUUUUCCAUUGGACGGUUCGAGCAGCGAGCGCGUGCGGCGAUUGGACGGCAAAAGGUGGCACGUCCUCGUCUGAUUGGACGGAAGGGCGAAUGGCUGCGACAAAGCAGGAGGGAACAAACCGAUGCGGAAACCAGCCACCGUUCCGCCAGCGUCGUGUUUGAGUUCCGAACGUCAGGACCACCGAAUCGAACCGCCGACAACGGUGCAGCUCCCUCGCUCGCUCGCUCGCUCCCUCGUGGCGUCGUGGCGCCGUGGCGACGUGGCGUGCCAAUCAUCACACCGGCACAUUUGUACCAUGCUGUCCUCUUCUGUUUUUCUGUUCUGAAUAAUAAAUCUGU